AUGCCUGAUGCUAACGUCUGGGCGGCACAGUACCACCGGGUCGAUGCUAGUUACAUCAAAGUUCAGAAGGGCCAGACUCUAACCCUUCCACAGUUGGUAUUGCACCCUGAUGUAUCUAGACCCGGUGUCACUGCACGUCAAGAUGACCAGGUGGAUGCUGUUACGGUACAGAUCCAGAAGCCUGAUUCUGAUACUGAUGAGAGCGAUCAAGAAGACGAUGCCAAGUACUGGGACGCAUUCGAUAUGGCUGAGAGGAGGAUGGCGAACCACUUGAAUAUUUAG